AUGAGUAGCAGCAGCAAAAUGGGAAGCAAAGGAAAAUCAUGUACGAGGAAAGGUAGCUGGACAGCUGAGGAAGACUGUCUCUUGCGCAACUGUAUUAACACUUACGGGGAAGGAAAGUGGUAUUUGGUCCCUCAAAGAGCAGGGCUUAACAGAUGCAGGAAGAGCUGCAGGCUAAGGUGGUUAAAUUAUCUGAAACCAGAUAUUAAAAGGGGAGAGUUCAGCAAAGAUGAAGUGGAUCUUCUCAUCAGGCUUCAUAAGCUCUUGGGGAACAGAUGGUCUCUGAUCGCGGGCAGAAUUCCGGGGAGGACAGCGAACGACGUGAAGAACUUCUGGAACAGCCACGCCGUCAACAAGCUGCCUGGCGCCACUGCCCCUGCCCGGGAGGGCAACCAGAUCGUACGGCCGCAGCCUCAUAUCUUGUCCAACUCCCGACAAGUUGCAGAGAUGACGAAUAACAAACGCCACGUGUCCAAUGAGGAAGAAGAAGACGAUUGCAUGCAAUGGUGGGCAGACUUGCUCAAAACGGCGUCGGAAGUACGAUUUCAGCAUGCUGAUCAGAAUGAGUUCUUCGCUGAAGAGGAUGUUUUAAAUACUCUCUACUUCGGUGGUGAGAACGACGGAUCGGGCCUCGAGCCUCGGCUCCAAUCCUGA